UGUGUGUGUGUGUGUGUGUGUGUGUGUGUGUGUGUGUGUGUGUGUGUGUGUGUGUGUGUGUGUGUGUGUGUGUGUGUGUGUGUGGAGCGUGUGCGCGGGCGCGCUGCUCGGAGCGCUGUCGGCGGCCGCGGGCGGCACUGCGGCCGGGGGAAGACACCAGGCCAGUCGCGGAGCGCGUCUGCCGGGUCGAGGAGUGGGCGUCGCGCGCUGGGAUGACCGUGGGGCGGCAUGGCCGCAGACGCGCCGCAGCAGCGAGGCGCCGCCUCCGCCACCCCCGCCGCCCACAAGCCCAAGACUCUGCAGCGCACGUGUGCCAAGUGUCUACUGCUGGUGUGCGUAGUGAGCUUCGUGGUGUCUUACCUGCUCGUGUCUGUGCGCUACCCGGACCCUCAGCUCUGGCUCGUGAGCAACACAUCAUCAUGGCCCACUUCGCCAGUUGGGAACCUCACCAGCAGCCUGGCGGUUGAGAUGGAGGAGGAAAUGAGGCGACGGAGAGCAGUGGUAAUGGAAGCCUGCAACAAAACUAACCGUCCCCCAGGAGUCGGAGAUAUGCAGUUGCACAGGACACUAAGCAAAAUGUAUAUAAACAAGCAGUACAAAGUGGCAUGGUGCCCCGUCUACAAGGCCGGCUCAUCGUCCUGGCUGGAAGUGUUUGCCGAGAUGGGCCACAUGCUCACGCCCCUCACCCGCAGGCAGCUCGCUGCAGGGAGGGUGCAGAUCAACAACCUGGCCCGCAGAGGCAACCCACAGUGGAAGCCCACUCCACAGAACAAGGAGGCAGUAUUCUCAAUGACAAGAUUUCUGAUAGUGAGGCACCCGUUUGAGCGCUUGCUGUCGGCCUAUAGAGACAAGCUGGAGCACCGGAGAGGGAAGAUGUACUACUACGAGCGCUACGGGAGGCAGAUAGUCAGCCUCUACCGAAAGAAACCCCCCAACGCGAUGCUGGCGGCGAUGCAGCCCCGCGAGCCUACGUUCCCGGAGUUUGUGCGCUACGUCGUUGAGCGCCGGAGGUUCGACGAGCACUGGCGACCCUACCACAACGAGUGCUCCCCCUGCACCCUCAGGUACCAGUACAUUCUGAAGACUGAGUCCCUGGACUUGGAGGAGAGGUACCUGGUCCAGGUCCUGGGCCUGCACAAUCUCUCCUCCUUCCACAAGGCGUCGCUUCGCCGCAUCCACAACGUCAAUCCUUCUGGCAGAACAGGUUCGCAGCAAGCUCGACACUACUACUCGCAAGUGCCUCAAGACCUUGUCCAAAAACUCUACCAAAUAUAUGCAAAUGAUUUUGAAAUGUUCAAUUACACUGCAACAGAUUACUUCAAUGUAACCAAUAGGUAGCAUGUGCACCAAAGAAUAUAAGAAACAUUUUUUUUUUUUACAUUUUUUCAGUUUGUGAAAAAAAACUAUGUAAUUAGAUUUAAUUCAUGAAAAUAGGUUAAAUUGCUAUUUAAGCUAAGCUGUGUGGUUAAUUUAAUAAUAAUGUUGUGCUUCUCAGAGAACCUUAGUACUUUAAAUAACUACAUAUUCGAGAUUCUAUUUUUUUAAUAACCAUCACUUAUCAGCUAUAGCACAGAGCUGGUAGACAAAGUGCUUUAUGUUAGUAUUUUAUGAUAUGUAAUUUGUAUCGUUUUUUUUUAAUACAUACUAGUUUUCUUGUCAGACUGCAAAA